GCAACAGGUGUGUCUGAACUCGUGAGUUUGCAAGCGCUGGCUUUCACGGGUUUUUUCAGAAUAAUUUCCGAUCCGAUACUUCUCUAGUCUGAAACUUCCGUCUUUCAGCAUACAUGUAGUGUAAUCCUCUGGCACUGACUGAACACGUUGUCAAUAUAUGCGACAAAGAACUCAAAAUUUCUUUUAAUCAAGGGCUCUUAAAAGUGAUCAGAAGAUGUCAAGCAAAAAUGGCUCAUUGCUGUGCCGUUUGGGUGUAAUAGUGACAUUUGCAGGUGUCAUCUCUAUGAGCAUCAUGUUUUCCCGGUUCUCACCUUCUCACAACUGUCCACCGCCACUUCCUAAACCCAAACAAAACUCAGUACAUAACUGUGCCAAGAGUAACAACUCUCUUACUGAUAAAGCAGAGGAGAAACCUGUACUUCUGUUAUGGGUUUGGCCUGAAAAUUAUAGGUUUGAUUUCAGUGACUGCAAAACGUUUUACAAUAUUGAUAGUUGUCAACUGACGGAUGAUCGAGCUCUCUACAACAGUGCAGAUAAUGUCAUUGUUUAUCAUAGAGCCAUCACUGAUCUGUCCAACCUUCCUCCGUCUCCUCGUCCUCCGUUCCAAAGGUGGAUUUGGUUGCAUUUGGAAUCACCAACCAACACCAAAAGGAUCCCAGGUCUGGAAAACCUGUUCAAUCUCACUCUCAGCUACAGACAGGAUGCUGAUAUUCCUGUACGGAUGCGCUUGAUCACCAGGAAAAAACCUAAUGAGGAUUUUGUAAUUCCCAAAAAGGACAAACUGGUGUGUUGGGUUGUAAGUAACAAGGAUCCAUCAACUGGUGUUGACACAAGGAACGUUUUUUACAGGGAAUUCAGCAAAUACAUCCAAGUGACUUUGUUCGGAAAGGCUUUUUCAAGGUUUCUGGGUUACGACGACUACUAUCCAACCAUGGCUAGUUGCAAAUUUUACCUUGCUUUUGAGAACUCCAUCCACAAAGACUACAUCACUGAGAAGUUAAAUGGGCCACUCGCGGCAGGUACCGUCCCUGUGGUGUUGGGUCCUCCGAGAAGAAACUAUGAGAACUUUGUUCCUGCCGAGUCCUUCAUUCAUGUCGAUGACUUCCCAGAUCCAAAGUCACUAGCCGAAUAUCUGCUUCAGCUGGACAAGGAUGAAGAUGCAUAUCGCAAGUACUUUAACUGGAGGAAACAUCUCACUCCAAGUCCUCAUUUAAUAUUGCAGAGACAAGAGUUUAUUCUGGCUAUUUGCACUGCCUGUGACUAUAUCGCACGACACAGGGAAUAUAAAGAAGCUCAUGAUCUCUAUGAUUGGUACUUCAGUUAAUGUCACCUCAGGUUUUGGAGUGAUUUAGUGAUUCAUUUUACUCCACAAAUAUUUUUUAUAUAAAUUUUUAAAUAUUAUUUUAAAUAAUGUAUCACUUGAGUUUGAAUCUUUUCAUCUGCAAAUCCCUUUUAAAUCACCUUUGGAUCAUAUUCAGGAAGAAAGACAACAAUUAUAAGUUUGUGUGUAUACAUAGGCUACUUAUUCUUCAUGUCUGUAAUUGUUGUUGGCUGGUUGUUUUUCAAAUACAAAUGUCCUCACGUGCAGCUUGUUAGCAACACCAUUUCUUUUUGUAAUUUAAGUUUUGGUUAUGUUAAUUACAUAAAUAUAAGGCAGUGUCUUUGAACCUGUCAACCCAACUCUGCACUCGUGUUUAAAAAGCAAUUUGUUGCUAUUUACCAAUGGUCCAAAACCUUAUUUACACUCGAAAGCUUAUU